AUGCAGCUGUGUAAGCGAGGCCCCUGGCAACGAAUGAGGUCUCAGCGGCUUCAUCAUGGCCUGGCCCUGGUGACGCAACCUACUACAAGUGUACACAACCUUUUCCCCCCGCCCGCCCCCCUACCAACGCAACCCAAACUAUUCUUCCCGCACCCGUGCAAGCGUCUGCUCGGCUUGUCCCUCGGAACCAUGGCAGACGACCUUCUCAAGGCCAACGGGCACCGUCCCACCAACGUCAAGCAUCCCUCCAGCCCGGCCCUCCUAAUGAAUGCGCAUCUCCCACGCGUCGGCCAGGAUGUCGACAACGAGGCCUAUGGACAUGGCAUCCAGGUCAUUGACGAGGACAAGGUCUUCAACCAGAACAUCUCCAAAUAUCUCGGAAUCGAGAAGAUCAUCCCCGCCGGCUUCAACUACCAUAUCAUAUCCGUCUUUGGCUCGCAGUCGACGGGCAAGUCGACACUCCUCAACUACCUCUUCGGUACCCAGUUUGGCGUCAUGUCGGAGCAGGAGCGUCGCCAAACCACCAAGGGAAUAUGGAUGAGCAAGAACAAGCGCGCAGAGGGCGGCACGGCUAUGGCGGAGAAUAUUCUUGUCAUGGACGUCGAGGGUACCGACGGCAGAGAGCGCGGCGAGGAUCAGGACUUUGAGCGCAAGUCGGCCCUCUUUGCACUGGCCACGAGCGAGGUUCUCAUUGUCAACAUCUGGGAACAUCAGGUCGGAUUGUACCAGGGCGCAAACAUGGGCUUGCUGAAGACCGUCUUUGAAGUCAACCUACAGCUCUUUGUCAAGGACAGCAAAACAAUCCCAAAGUCUCUCCUAUUCUUUGUCAUCCGUGACCACCUCGGAACUACACCUCUUCGCAACCUACAGAAUACCAUCCUACAAGACCUCUCGAAACUAUGGUCCACCAUCUCGAAGCCCGACGGACUCGAGAACUCGCGAAUAGAAGACUACUUUGAUUUCGCCUUUGUCGCCCUGCCGCACAAGAUCCUGCAGCCUGAAAAGUUUGAGGAGGCUGUGAAUAAGCUGAGCCUGCGCUUCCGGGAAGGCUACAGCGACCCCCGCACAAGUGGCCUGAUUGACGAGUCGAGUGCGCCCAUCUUCCUUCCACAAUAUCACAGACGCAUCCCUGCGGAUGGUUUCCCCAUAUAUGCCGAGGGCAUUUGGGAUCAAAUUGUAAGCAACAAAGACCUGGACUUGCCGACGCAGCAAGAGCUUCUCGCACAGUUUCGAUGUGACGAGAUAUCAAGAGAGGUACUAGUGGCCUUUGACGAAAAGAUCACGCCGUUGGAAGACCAGCAAGCCGAGAAUGCUCGAUCGGGAGUGCUUUCGGUUAUUCCGGACUUGGGCCUGACAAUGAACGCUGCACGCUCCAAAGUUUUCAAGGACUUUGAGACAAACGCAAGCCGCUACCACAAGGGAGUCUACAAGCGAAAACAGGCGGAACUCGAGGGCAAGGUUGACGUAAGGCUCAAGGCGCUCUUCCAGAAACAACUCACUGCCAUCCACAAGUCUGGUGUCCAAAACUUCACAGACGCUGUUAGUUCAGCUGUGAAAAUUGGUCAAAAGAAGGGUGCAUCCUACGAUUUUGCGCAGAUUGUCGCUUCGGAAAAGACAAAGGCUCUGGAGAAAUUUGAGACAGACGCCAAGGCCAUGGCAAUCGAAGGUGCAGACUGGAGUAACCAUUUGCAUGAGCUCAAGAUCUACAAGAAAGAAUUGGAUGACGUUUCUGGUCGUCUUCGCAAAGAAGAGAUGAGGCGGCUUGCUACUAGAAUAGAACGAUGGGUACGAUCGCGGCUGGACGAGUCCAUUGGCCUCGAGUUCAACAAGCUCGGAUCCGGUCGCGGUGGAUCUGGUGCCCCUGAGCACGGUGAACGGCCACCUACGGAGAAGGAUCUCUGGGAUCGCGUUUGGGCCAUCUUCACCGACACUGUAUCAAGUGCAGAAAAGCGAUUCACCGACCGCGCGCAAAGCUUCGAUGCUAGUCCUGAUGAAGUCGAUGUCGGCUUAUGGAGAUUGCGCCGCAAGUCCUGGGGGGUGCUACGUGCUAAAAUUGAUGAAGAAGUCAUGGAAGGCAACAUCUUACUCAAGCUUAGAGAGAACUUCGAGGACAAAUUCCGCUAUGAUGAACAUGGAGUACCGCGGAUAUGGCGACCAACGGACGAUAUUGAGGGAAUUUACACAAAGGCCCGCGAAUCGACCAUCACGGUGAUACCUUUACUCGCACGUUUCAAGCUGUCAAUGACUUCGGCGCCGCCGCCACUUGAUGCCUGGAUUGGUGACGCGCCCGCGUCUGUAUCGCCUGCCGAUGAGGAUGACUUGACACCCAUUGGUGGCGUAGACGAAGAUGAAGGCAAAAGUUUGGAAGAAGAGAUGACUGUGCUCUCCGAUGCCAAGCAGGCUGAUCUGCUUGUUCGUUUCAAGAAGACUGCAGAUGGUGUGUAUGUAGAGGCCAAGCGUAGCGCGAUUGGCGGUAUUACGCAAGUGCCACUCUAUUUUUACGGUCUGCUGGUGGCACUGGGUUGGAACGAGAUAGUAGCCGUUCUACGCAACCCUGUGUAUUUCAUCUUCCUAAUCCUAUUGGGCAUUGGCGCAUACGUCACCUUUACCCUCAACCUCUGGGGCCCUAUGGCGCGCAUGGCCAACGCUGCAUCGGCACAAGGCCUUGAAGUUGGUAAAGAGAGACUCCGUGCUUUCCUCGAGAGCUCAGAUGCUGGGAGGCAGGCCAUGGCAAUGAGCGGCAACGAGUCUAGCCGGCACGAGAAUGUAAGAAUGGAUCGUCUCAAUGGCGAAGGGAAGAAAAAGACGGACGAGGAAGACCUCGACGACAUUUGA